CAUUCCCAGCCCUUUGAAAUUUCAUCAGUUACAGUUUUUCUUCCGCAUUUUAAUUUAAUUUAAUUUUAUUUUUGGGUCUUCUUAUAGAGGCACAAACCAACCGAACACAAGCCACAAAGGAGAGAAGAUGAGCGAAGAAGAAGCACACGCCAACCUUGCGGUUCCCGCGUUUCGAACUGAGAAAGUGGCCAAAACGCAAACGCAGAAUGGCCACGGUACUGUUUGGCGGUUCGGUGGAGCUGAUAAGGCCGCGAAAGCCGCGACCGUAACGCUGAGAGGCGUUAUUUACAUGCUCUUCGACAACUGCAGCAAGGACGUUAAAAAGACUAUCUUGCCCCUCGGCCACGGAGAUCCUUCCGUCUAUCCUUGCUUCCGCACCUGUAUCGAGGCAGAAGACGCCGUCGUCAACGUCCUCCGCUCCGGCAAAAGCAAUUCUUACUGUCCCGGAGCUGGAAUUCUCCCGGCCAGAAGAGCCGUCGCCGAUUAUCUGAACCGAGAUCUUCCGAACAAACUAACGCCGGACGACAUCUUCCUGACCGCUGGAUGCAACCAAGGGAUAGAGCUGGUGUUCGAAUCGCUGGCUCGACCAAACGCAAACAUAUUGCUCCCACGUCCCGGUUUCCCUCACUACGACGCUCGCGCUGUCUACAGUGGUCUCGAGAUCCGCAAGUUCGAUCUUCUCCCCGACAGAGAAUGGGAGAUCGAUCUCGAAGGCGUCGAAGCCGUUGCAGACGAGAACACUGUGGCCAUUGUUGUGAUCAACCCAAACAACCCAUGUGGAAACGUCUACUCUCACGACCAUCUCCACAAGGUGGCAGAGACGGCUCGGAAGCUGGGGAUAAUGGUGAUCACAGACGAAGUGUACGACCAGACUAUAUUCGGAGACAACCCUUUCGUUCCCAUGGCCAAGUUCGCAUCCAUCGUCCCUGUCUUGACCCUGGGAGGCAUAUCCAAAGGUUGGGUUGUCCCUGGAUGGAAGAUUGGCUGGAUCGCCUUGAAUGAUCCCGAGGGCGUUUUCGAGUCCACCAAGGUGGUUCAGUCCAUCAAGCAGAGUCUUGACAUAACUCCUGACCCUUCCACUAUCAUUCAGGCUGCACUUCCUGAGAUCCUGGAGAAAGUGGAUAAAAACUUCUUUGCAAAGAAGAACAAGAUACUCAAACAUAAUGUCGAUUUGGUGUGUGAUAGGCUCAAGGAUAUCCCCUGCGUCGUCUGUCCCAAGAAACCCGAGUCUUGCACUUAUCUAUUGACCAAGCUUGAGCUGUCAUUGUUGGAUGACAUCAAGGAUGACAUUGAUUUUUGCGUGAAGCUGGCCAGAGAGGAAAACCUCGUGUUUCUACCAGGAGAGGCUCUGGGGUUGAAGAACUGGAUGAGGAUAACUAUCGGAGUGGAAGCUCAUAUGCUUGAGGAUGCACUUGAGAGACUCAAGGGUUUCUGUACACGCCAUACCAAGAAGACAGUUACAGAAACUGAGUCACCUUCAAGCGUUUAAAAUGAGUCAUAGUGUCGGGAUAGUGGAUAUUACAUGGAUUGUACACGCCCCCAAGCCGUGUGAUUGUACGUUCAAUGUGCCAGGGGAUGUUCUUGUGAUAUAUCUAUCAUGCCUUUCCAUUCCCUUCUGUUUUAUUAUCUUAACUAAAUUUCAAACCAAAUAAAAACUCUUGUAAACUUUUCAAAUAGCAUCAAGGAUCCAGUGUCUAGGGCCACAAUUAUUUACUCCUUAUUAUUCGC